UUGAAAAUGAGGAGGACGAACACGAGAUUGUUUCAAAGCCUCGCUAGAUUGAUUUUUAAUGAUAUUAAUGUUCUUAAAUGUUGUUGUCAAAUACUCACAAGAACUUCAGCAGUGGAUGGACAAUAGUUCCUGACUACGUCAUUGGCCAAGUCAUAACAAUGUGCAGCUGAAUUGUGGGUAAUGGUGUGUAGUAGAUGGGUUGCCUCCUGUAUAAGGGUUCAAUAUAAGGAUUAACGUUUGGCAAGAACAUUAAAAUAAUGUCAUAUUGUUUCAAAUGUUCUAUCUACAUUUGCACGCAUCUAUAUAUUAUUUAGACAUUUAGGCCUUCAGGGAAAGUGAGGUUGACGUCAUAUCGUCUUAUAGGGCAUGCACAUCGCGACGUCACAUCGCAAUGACCGGAGUUGAAACGCAGUAAUAUUAUUGGAAAUACUAAGUAAUGGUGUUUUGGUCAUUGUUAAAUUAUAAUCUUGAAGUUCGGUGAUGGAUUCUAAACUUGGAGAUGAGCACUACAUGGGUGAAGGCCUGCCCCAGGAUGAGAUCCACUACAGUGAGGAGAACCCAAUGCAGGUGGUGUAUGCCAAAAGGGAUGAUUUCACUAGAAAGAGAUUUCCGGCGACCAGGCCCGGCACCAGCAGCACGGGCCGAGCGAAGCGGGUGGUGUCGUGUAAAAGGAAGACCCACCACCUGGUCGUGGUGCGCAGGAAACCGGCCACGGCUGGGAGGCCUUGCGGCACGGGCAACAAGGAGAACGAACGGGCGCGCACGGAGGACCCGCGCACAUGCAUGCACGACGACGACACGGACCAGGAGAUGUUCCACGUGGAUCCCUGGGAGUUCCCUUUAAAUGUCAACAAGCAUCAGGGUGGAGGAACAGGUUCUAAGCACACAGACGGCUUCACCCUUGGCGAGCUCACUAGAGAUCAUAGCUCCAUGGUCAAUGUGCUCUUUGGGAGAAACCUGCGAUUGAAAGUGGCGUCGACUCUGUGGCAGAGAAAUGUUGGAGAGCUGUUGACGUACUUCCUAAGGAUGGAAGACACUGGUGUGAUUGUCGACUUUCUUCCCAUCAUAACCCAAAGCAUUCACGAGGACUCUUCCGGCUUCACUAUCGGCUGUUGUGUGGACCUUUUCCCCUUCGUCAAGAAAGUCCUUUCUAGUCCAUAUGAAGAGUACGUCGCUGUCGGCUUAAAAUGGAUUCAGUCCGUUUUGAAAAAAUGGUUUGAACAACUCCUAGCGAGUGGCCUUACUGGAAAGACUAACAAUCAUUUGGAUAAAAAUUUCCAAGUGUUCAACCAGCAACUUGUGAACUUGUGGCAUCACGACCCGGGCUCGAGCUUAGUCCUGAAGAUGCCCCCUACCUUGGCAAAGGUCAUAGAUUCAUAUCUCUCCCAACUCACCUGAUGUUGUCAGCCUCAUUAAAAGCUCCAGAUGGACUCUUCCCCAUCAUGUUCAGAGUGUUGUGUUGUUGUCACGGUAGAAGGAUGUGGUUUUAUUUGUCAUGUUAAAUGUAAUUAUUGUAUUGAAGAGCAGAGAAUGUAGCAUUGAUUAUUUACCAUUUCUCAAGUUAUAUAAAAAAAAAAAAGGUCAAAGCAUAACAAAUAAGUUUGGUCUGUAACCAAACGUCAUGUGGUAUUAUGUAACUGAAUAAAGAAAUGUAUUUUUAUU